GAAAAUGAUGCAAAAGACAGAUGCGUGAAAAGUAUGCUCAUUCUCGAAUUUGUUUAAAAUCUUAUAGUGAUAGUUUGUUUUCCUCAUUCCAUGAAUUCACACAGAAUUAAACCUAUCGAUUGUAUUAAAUAAUGGGAGCUUUCAGGAGUGUUUUAAGUGGAUUACUUGAAUAUGAAACACAGAAAGUGGUUCAGAUUCACUCCACAAAAAUUGGACUCACAUUUCGACUUAUACAACUGGGAAUCAUUCUUUAUGUUAUCCUAUGGGUUAUGAUUUACGAGAAAGGCUAUCAAUCAUUCGAUCAAGCAGUCAGUGGAGUAACUGCUAAGCUGAAAGGGAUAGCAUUCGCCAAUGUGACAGAUAAUCCAAAACUUGGUGCAACUGUUUGGGAUGCAGCUGAUUACGUAAUACCACCGCAACAGAAUUCAGCAUUUUUUGUAAUGACUAAUCUAGUUUAUACACCGGGACAAACGUUGGGACGUUGUGAAGAAGCACAUGAUGUAUUCGGAAACAGUUGUAAGAAUGAUUCACAAUGUCAUGCUGGACAAUUAGUUCUACGUGGUAGUGGAAUACAAACUGGACGGUGUGUAAAUUCUACAAGACAAGCCAAUUUGAGUGUGUGUGAAAUUUAUGGCUGGUGCCCUACAGAGCAUGAUAUCGUUCCUAGACCACAUUUACUAGCAUCAGCAGAGAACUUCACCGUCAUAUUGAAGAAUAGCAUUGAAUUCCCAAAAUAUCGAGUGAAGCGUAGAAAUAUAUUAAGUUGGAUGAGUCGCCUAUUUCUGAAAACCUGUUUAUAUGACCCAAAUGAUGAGAAACUUAAAUACUGUCCUAUAUUUCGACUUGGUGAUAUAUUGAAGUAUUCUGGUUCAACUGACAAGGAUAUCUGGGAGACUGGUGGAAUGGUGUCUAUUCACAUUGAAUGGAAUUGUAAUUUAGACUUCGACGAAGAAAAGUGUUUGCCAAAGUAUGUGUUUCGCCGUCUUGAUGAUUUUCGAAGUCAUUUAGCAAAGGGAUGGAAUUUUCGUUUCAGCCACCAUUAUAUUGAAAAUGGCGUGCGUAAGCGUAAUCUAAUCAAAGCAUAUGGAAUUCAGUUUUUUAUUACAGUCUAUGGAACUGGUGGAAAAUUUAAUGUGCUUACUUUCUCAAUGAAUCUGGGUUCUGGUUUAGCCCUACUCGGUAUAGCUACAGUAUUGUGUGAUAUGAUCAUAUUGAAUACAACACGAAAGCGUAGUGUAUAUCGUAGGGCUAAAGUUGAUCUAGUCGCUGCUAAACGCCGUAAAGAACAACAACAAAGUAUGAAAGAGAAUGAGAAUAAAAAUGUGAACAGUCAUUUUGGGAAAAAUAAAAAUAAAAAGAGCAAGUUAAAGUUUGUAUCUACAAGUGUUCAUGCUGACGAUGAUGGUGGUGUUGAGAAAGAUUUCACUGACACAAAUAAUCUUAUGACACCUGGAUAUGUUUCACAUCAAAUGUGGUCAGAUAAAAGAUGUAAGCGAAAACCCUUCAUGAAUAGCAGAUCAACAAAAAAUUCACAUUCCGGUCAGUUAUGUUUAAGUCAACCGAGUUUUCUUGGCUUCCAUGUUACUCCGUUAUCUACUACAUCACACUCUCCAGCUGAUAAUAGUGAAAUAAAGGAGGAGAAUGAAUCAGAAACAAUCUUAGAUGCGAUCACAAUUAAACCGCCUUGUGUUACAGAUCCAGUUGCAAGUGUGUCAUCAUUUGUUGGACCAGUAAAAUCAUCUGAAAUGACAACUGUACCAGCUGGCGCUAAUCCUGGUCCUAUGAAGUCAACUGCAAAAAAUGAGGUAAAAUUUACUAACCCUGAAUCAAUAUCAACAACAGCAACAACAACUUUAAAGCCGAAAAUCAACAAGAAUGAUUCAGUGCCACUGAAAACUGUUUCUAUAUUACCACAAUGUUGUGAAAAUUUAACAAAUCCCAAUGACAAUUCACAAGAGAUAAAAAGCUCUGUAUCUAUUCAGGAAAAAAAUAAAUCUCAAAAACCUAUAAGUUUGUUUGGUCCUCCGAAACUCAGAAAGCACUAUUUACAUCCACAUUAGCACUGAUGUCGCUUCUUAUCUGGAAUUACUUGUUCCCAUCCAGUUUAUCUUAUUUUUUAUGUGCUAUCAAGAUUGUGAUUUUGUCAACUGACCGAGUCACAUUGUCAAAUAGAAUUGUGCUCAUUUUUUCUCUCUCAAAAAUAAAUCCUAUGUGGGGACAGUUGUCUGCAAACCGCUGUCUCUAUGAAUAUAAUUUCCUCUUUGUUGUUUGUUGUUGUUGUUGAAUCGGUGAAUCGAUCAAGGGAGAAAAGAUACGAUCGGAAGUUUCACAGUGUCGGAUAAUGUGAAUACAUCUGAAAUAAAGUGAGAUGAGAAUUUGUCGUGUCUUUUAUUAUUAUUUUUUCUGUUAUUUUUUGUUUUGUUUUAUUUAACACGAGUAAUUUGCAUUACAUAUAUGCACACACAAGAGGGUUAUACUGCAUUCCAUAACAUCGAUUUGUUGUAAAAAAAAUUCCUACAAAAGAAAACCUUUCUGAAUUCAAUUUCUAUUGUAUAUUACCUUCUGGUAUCGCCUGAUAUAAUAACUGGCAGAAAUAUAUAUAUAUAUAUAUACGUAGUGAAUAUAUCUAUGUAUAGUUCUAAUGCAGACUGAGUUUUGUGUCAAAGCAAGCCUGAUUCGAAAUCCCCAGUUAGUUCACCAAUGUGUUUUUUCUUCUUUGAAUGCUUUUCAUUUUAUUUCUCUAAGUCUGUUCGACUUUUGUCGACUUUAUUUCAUCAGUGUUAUCUCUCUUCUCAAAAAAACAAACAACAAAGUUAUCUAGUAAAUUACAAAAUGAAAUGUACGUG